UCCGGUAUUUCCAAAACACCAAAACAAGUCACGAGACUUGCUUAUAAAAGCUGCAAAAGCAUAUAAAUCUGCAACUUUGCAUCAAUAUAUUUUUUGUGGUGAUAAAUAAGUAACUAAAGAUUCGAAAGCGGAUGAAGUCGUAAGAAGUAUGGGAGAGCACAGAGUGUCUUCAGGUCCCCCAGGACGACAGUCCUUGACUUUUUCCGCUGAUGAAACGCUUGAGGAUGGGUCAACGAUCCGCACUCUUGAAACGCCUGCAGCAACAAUUCGGUUUUGUUUCAUCGAUAAUGUGAGCUCUGAUUCUGAUUCAGAGGAAUUGCCUGAUAAUGCAGAAUCUUGGAAACCGCCAGAUUUAACUAAUUGUACAUCUUUAGCUGCUGGUUCAGAUGGACGUUUAAAUCUGGAUGCCAGCAAGGAGGUUAAUGCUAGUCGUAAAUCUACAGAAGACAUUUGCUACUUGAGUGAUUCUUGUAGUAGUAGUAGUAAUAGUCAGAAGAGUGGGGAAGUGAAAAGGCUGGCAGAAUAUGCAGAUCAAGUUGGUUCGGAAACAGUUGGAAAAACUACUCUUGGAGAUAGUGAUUCUAAUUCAAGUACUUUUCAAGAAAAGGGGGUGCUGAAAGCGGAUCUCUUUGCUAAAGAGAAUAAUUCUGGAAGUCCUGGUACUGAGCAUAUUCCCCCUGUACACGUUGCUGAUAGAGAUACACACAAGGACCGAGCAAGUCCUGUUGAUGACAGAUUUAGCCAUACUGAAAUUAAAGUCCAACUGGCAAUAGAGAAGGGUUUUGUGAAAGAGCGUUCCUCAAGCCCAGACCAGAAAAGUUUAAGCCAAAGCAUCGGAACAUGUUCUAGCUCCGGUAGCACUUCAUCAAUUGUUGUUUCUACACCAAGAAGUCCAAGGUUCAACCCUUUCGACCGUGAUGUGUUCGCUGAGGAGGACCAUUUUAGUUUUCAUGGCUCGUUGUUGAAGGGAAAUCCGAGUAAUGGACCAAGGCAAAGCCUCCCAAGUUUGGUGUCACCAGUCCAUAUGCGAGCACGGACAAACAGCGACGACUACCCCCGCUCUGUUUCAAGUGAUGACUCUGGCUUCCUAGUCAAGGACGAGAAUGACAUUACAUUUGCAGAUCUAGGUUUGGCAGAGGACCACUUUUCACAACCAGAGGGUUCAUUUGGUUUGUCAACGACAGAGGAACUCGAACUAGCUAUUGAAAGUUGUAAAGAAUUGAUAAUGGAAACCGGUGACAACGUAGAACGCAAGACAAAUCUGGUCGGAAAACUGAUUCAGCUUCGGAUGCGCCUUCAGGAUGCUAAGGAUGGUUUCGAAGAAAGAGCUGUGGAUGUCGAUACAAAAUUAGUCCUGGGUCAUAAGUUUACGAAAAAGGAGACUCAUCGAUCAAAGCAUUACUGUGAGAAGUGUAACAAUGUGAUCUGGGGCGUGUUGCAGGUCUGGUACAGAUGUUCAGAGUGUGGAUUUUGCUGUCACGGCAAAUGCCUCAAUCUGAUUACACGGAUGUGUGCCAGCAUCAAGGUUGGAGAGAAUCCGUCAUACAUUCUUUCUAUCUGCCCAGAGAAGGGUUUGGCAUUGCAGCAAUAUCGAUGCUCUGAAUGCAGGACUGUGAUAUCAUUUAAAAGUAACUAUGACGAACCCCGGCAGUGCGACUACACAGGGAACUACUACUGUGAACAGUGCCAUUGGAACGAUACAAUGGUCAUACCUGCACGAGUUUUACACAACUGGGACUUUGAGCCGAUGAAGGUUUGCCGCGCAUCAAAGCAAUUCUUGAAGCUUAUGACGAAAAGAUCUGUACUAAGAAUUCAGGACAUUAAUCCGAUGUUGUUUAGUUUUAUUGAGGAACUCAAUGAAGUUAAGAAAUUGCGGGAAGAAAUCUUGGUGAUGAAAAAAUACUUCCUUUCCUGCCAAGAUGCCCUAGCCAGCAAGUUAUUACUGCAGCUAAAAGACCGCCAACAUUUUGUCGAUAAUUCCGACAUUUAUUCUAUGCAAGAUUUACUGGACAUUGCCAGUGACGCUCUGGUGCCAAAACUUACGAAGAUCCAUGCCAGUUUUGCACAGCAUAUCAAGGCAGAUUGUGAGCUUUGCCAGGUAAAAGGCUUCAUCUGUGAAUUGUGUGACUCUCAGGAAAUCCUCUUUCCAUUUGAUAACCAUGCCAUUGUGUGUUCCCAGUGCUCGGCAGUACUCCACAGACAUUGUUACAUGAAGCGAGAGAAUUCAUGUCCAAGGUGCGAGCGGAGGAACAAACGUUCGACAGACGAGAGCUGAGAACGAUUACUACGGCAGUGGGAAAAUUGCGGAAAAAAACAUUAUAGCAUUCCAAAAAGUUUACCUCUGUUAUCAGGGUUCAUUUCUCGUGUUCAGGAGUUUAUAGUGAUUAACCCUUUAGAUCCGAUAUCCGGCCACUGAUAUCUGUCUAUAUAUCCCUAACCAGCCAUGAACAGCCCACCAGUGCGUGCGUUCCUUUUCUCGAGCAACACAAUUGCCAUCUCUACUUAAGCAUUGAAACUAAGACCAGUUUUUGACCAGUGAGGGAUCUAUUGAUGAAAUCUUAUGAAAAUUUAGUGGCUGGCUUGUUUUUUUGGGGGAAAAUUGCUGAAAUGAUUCAGGGAAAUACAGGGAAACACAUAAAAAUGUUCCAGGAUCUAAAGGGUUAACCCACUGUUAUCUGAAGAUCAUUAUAUGUGACACUGUCAGAUUAUGACAUAAUAGGCCUUAUGAACACCUUUCCUGAUAAGUAUUCUGUCAGUUAGUUUGUAAAAAUAUAAUUUAAGAUACAUUAUAAGGCAAUUUUUGUGAAGUUCUUAAGGAAAAUGGCUAAGUUGGGUGAUUCAUGCUCCCAAAUCAAGAUACAAGAUCUGUAAAUCUUGUUCAAAAUUCUGCCGAUUGUGGCGCUGAUUCAGAGUCAGCAAAGGAAUACAGGAGCAGAUUUAUCUUGUUAAAGCCUUGUUGUCAGAAUUUGGUACCGAGUCCUAGGUUCGGUGCUGUAGUAAUGUUACCAUAGUCUAAGUCAUUGUUAUAAAUUCUUGGUCUUAGUUUUGUGUUUCUACUAUUAUCCUCGUUGAAGUAUUGCGUUUGUUUAUUCAAUCCAUUGUGAAUUAUUUUCCAUUGUAAGUUUAGUAAUUACCAGUGUUUUUCUCACUCCGAGCAAUUUGAAAUAGUACGUGUACACGCAUGGUGCCUUUUAUUGUAUUAAAUUCACCCAACGUUUGGGGAUUACUGGAGUCAA